UUUCUUUUUGAUGCAAGCUAGAAUUACAGUGAGAAAACAUGUGCAGUCAUUGGCUGAGCAGGCCGGCCUGCCCAGUGCAUGAUGGAAUCUUUCUCCUGUGUGCCCCAAUGAAGGGCAUGUAGCAGUGCAAAUCCAAUGGAAACUGGCCAAAAGUUGUAUAUACAAAACAAAUAAUCUGCUUUACUUUCCUGCUCGGCUCUGGGUAAUCGUCUUCCACAACAGCCGUUGCUUAAGUUGUACUCGUGAUUACGUCUACGCGAUCAUUUCCUCACCGAGUCCGCAUCCGUGCGAUCCAGGAAUCCAGUUCCGGGGUUUAAGCACAGCCUCUCUCUCACAUCUCAGCUCAGCUCGCACAGAGAGAAAGCCCUCAGCCGCGGGCCGCUCUCUCUCCGGCUGGAACGGGACUCAACAACCCCGAAGAAGACGCGCAAAGGACUGAAAUAAAUAAAGAGGACUGCUUUUGCUUUUUCUCGCGUUGCUUUUUUGCUCUUUUUUUAUUAGUUGCCUUGCGAACUGCUCCGCGUCCCCGCCCCCCCCCCCCCCCCCCUCUCUCUCCUCCAGCAGGACAGACGGACUCUUUCACUGAACCCGCAUCUCUUCAUCCCGACGCGGAGGAGCGCAGGACUGAGCGCCGGUCUGCGGGAAUGUGAGCGCUCGCGCUGAGAACAAGGCUCGGAUGAGCGGAGCAUGUGCGCGCUCUGCGCUGAAACGCGCUGCUCCUGUUCGAAUACCUGCUUGUAAUUGCCUCAACUGAUUCAUUAACUUUCCGUUAGAUUUUUCUUCAACUGUCCGCUCAAUCACAAAAGGCUCGGAGGUCAAUGAUGGUUAUCUCUCAGAGUGACUUCACUGGAUCGUUGUGACUACAGUGAUUUCGACCCAGACAUGUGGAAAGCGGAGAGUCCAGUCAGAGCCAGGAUGGGAUGUUCAGAAUGGAAGUCUUUGGUCCUCUGCGGCCUGGUGUUCGUCUUGACGGUUGUACAGAGUUCAGACGGGUUUAGCCGGGCAGCCAUGCCGUUUGGUCUGGUGAGGCGGGAGCUGUCUUGCGAGGGUUACCCCAUUGACCUCCGCUGUCCAGGAAGUGAUGUCAUCAUGAUCGAGAGUGCCAAUUACGGCCGGACAGAUGACAAGAUCUGCGAUGCUGACCCCUUUCAAAUGGAGAACAUCAACUGUUAUCUGCCCGAUGCAUUCAAGAUCAUGUCUCAAAGGUGUAACAACAGAACGCAGUGCAUCGUCAUCACUGGACCAGAUGUUUUUCCUGACCCCUGCCCAGGAACAUAUAAGUACCUUGAAGUCCAGUAUGAAUGUGUUCCCUACAUUUUUGUUUGUCCCGGAACUCUGAAAGCGGUUGGAGAUCCGUCGUUUCUGUACGAGGCGGAGCAACAAGCGGGGUCGUGGUGCAAAGACCCUCUCCAGGCAGGAGACAAGGUUUAUUUUAUGCCCUGGACCCCUUACAGAACAGACACACUCAUUGAGUACAACUCGCUUGACGACUUUCAAAACUCCCGACAGACCACAACGUACAAACUCCCCCAUCGGGUCGAUGGCACGGGAUUUGUGGUAUACGAUGGCGCAGUGUUUUUUAACAAGGAAAGGACACGUAAUAUUGUCAAAUUUGACCUUCGGACCAGAAUUAAAAGUGGGGAGGCAAUUAUAAAUAAUGCCAAUUAUCAUGACACCUCACCAUACAAGUGGGGUGGGAAAACAGACAUUGACUUGGCAGUUGACGAAAAUGGCCUUUGGGUGAUCUAUGCCACCGAGCAGAACAACGGUAUGAUGGUGAUCAGUCAGCUCAACCCGUAUACCCUUCGCUUCGAGGCCACCUGGGAGACCACCUACGACAAGCGAUCGGCCUCCAAUGCUUUCAUGAUCUGUGGGGUUCUGUAUGUGGUCCGAUCCACAUACGAAGACAACGAGAGUGAAGUCAGUAAAAGCCUCAUCGACUACAUGUACAACACCAAACUGAACCGAGGUGAAUACAUCGACAUCCACUUCCCCAACCAGUACCAGUACAUCGCCGCUGUGGAAUACAACCCGCGAGACAACCAGCUGUACGUGUGGAAUAAUUUCUACAUCCUGCGGUACAAUCUGGUGUUUGGUCCACCUGAUCCAGCUCACGCACCACCUAUCUCAGAGGCAUCCACAACACCCAAGUUGCUAAAACCAACAACCACUACAACAAGCACUGCUCAACCGAGAGGUCAGGUGACUACUGUUACAACUACAGGGACCAGAGCUGUUAAUAAGACGCCCAAAUCACCAGCUGUACUUCCCCAAACCACCACGCCUCCCUCACUGGAGUCUUUCCCUCCACCUGAGCGCUUCUGCGAGAGCGUAGAGCUCAGGGACAUACUGUGGCCGCAGACACAGAGGGGCAUGCUAGUGGAACGACCCUGCCCCAAAGGAACUCGAGGCACUGCCUCCUACCUAUGUGUUCUCUCCACUGGAACCUGGAACCCAAAAGGCCCAGAUCUGAGCAACUGCACAUCCCACUGGGUGAAUCAAGUCGCACAAAAGAUCCGGAGCGGGGAAAAUGCAGCCAACCUGGCGAACGAGCUGGCCAAACAUACCAAAGGAGCCAUCUUUGCCGGUGACAUUAGCUCUACCAUGAGGCUCAUGGAGCAGCUGGUGGAUAUUCUAGAUGCUCAGUUACAGGAACUGCGACCUAGCGAGAAAGACUCCACCGGCCGCAGCUUUAAUAAGCUUCAAAAGCGAGAAAGGACGUGCAGGGCGUAUAUGAAGGCUAUCGUGGAUACAGUCGACAACCUCCUCAGACCGGAGGCUCUGAAAUCAUGGCGAGAUAUGAAUACCACGGAGCAGACACACGCCGCAACUAUGUUACUGGACACCCUGGAGGAAGGAGCCUUUGUCCUUGCUGACAAUUUAAUGGAACCGGCCAUCGUGAAAGUACCAGCCAGUAAUAUAAUUCUGGAUGUUUACGUGCUGAGCACAGAUGGGCAGGUUCAAGAUUUCAGGUUUCCCCAGAGCGGCAGGAGUGGUAUUUCUAUCCAAUUGUCUUCCAAUACGGUGAAACUCAACAGCCGUAAUGGUGUUGCCAAGUUGGUUUUUGCCCUUUAUAAGAACCUGGGGCAGUUUCUAACCACGGACAAUGCGACGAUGAAGCUCGACCACGAGGCUAACGGACGCAACCUCUCCGUGGCUGUGAAUUCCGACGUCAUUGCCGCCUCAAUAAACAAAGAAUCCAGUCGUGUAUUUAUAUCGGAGCCUGUGAUUUUCACCCUGGAGCACAUCGACAUGCAGCAUUACUAUAACUCCAACUGCUCUUUCUGGAACUACUCGGAGAGAACCAUGAUGGGAUACUGGUCCACUCAGGGCUGCAAACUCAUCCACGCCAAUAAAAGUCACACCACCUGCUCCUGUAGUCAUCUCACCAACUUUGCGGUGCUCAUGGCUCAUCGAGAGCUGCUGGGUGCAGAUAAAGUCCAGGAGCUGUUGUUAAGCGUCAUCAGUCGUGUGGGUAUCGUGGUAUCCCUCAUCUGUCUGGCCAUGAGCAUCUUCACAUUCUGUUUCUUCCGUGGGCUGCAGAGUGACAGGAACACAAUCCACAAGAACCUGUGCAUAAACCUUUUCAUCGCUGAGCUCAUCUUCCUCAUCGGAAUCGACAUGACGGAGCCCAGGAUGGCCUGCUCCAUAAUUGCAGGAAUCCUGCAUUACUUUUUUCUGGCAUCUUUCGCAUGGAUGUGUUUGGAAGGAGUUCAGCUCUAUCUGAUGCUGGUGGAGGUCUUCGAGAGCGAAUAUUCACGCAGGAAGUAUUUCUACAUGACGGGAUACCUCCUCCCCGCUGUGGUCGUGGGCGUUUCCGCUGCUGUAGACUACAGAAGCUACGGGACAAAGAAAGCAUGUUGGCUCAGGAUGGACAAUCACUUCAUCUGGAGUUUUAUCGGACCCGUCACCUUCAUUAUUAUGCUCAAUCUCAUCUUCCUGCUCAUCACGAUGUACAAAAUGAUGAAACACUCUACAUCGCUGAAACCUGAUUCCAGCCGGCUGGAGCACAUCAAUAAUUAUCGCGUCUGUGAUGGCUAUUAUAAUUCUGAUUUGCCUGGCUAUGAAGAUAAUAAACCAUUUAUCAAGUCGUGGGUCAUGGGCGGCUUUGCUCUGCUGUGUCUCUUGGGCCUCACCUGGUCAUUUGGGUUGUUCUUUAUCAGCGAGUCGUCCGUUGUCUUGGCGUAUCUCUUCACCAUCUUCAACACUUUCCAGGGCAUGUUUAUCUUCACCUUCCACUGCCUGCUUCAGAAGAAAGUUCGGAGAGAGUACAGCAAAUGCCUCCGACACACGUACUGCUGUAGCGGGAUCACGACUGAGAGCUCACACAACUCCACAAAGACCUCAACAACACGGACAAGCGCUCGCUAUUCCUCUGGUACUCAGAGUCGAAUCAGAAGAAUGUGGAACGACACAGUCAGAAAACAGUCGGAGUCUUCUUUCAUCUCAGGAGACAUCAACAGCACAUCAACCCUCAACCAAGGAAUGACGGGCAAUUAUCUUCUUACUAACCCUCUUCUGAGACCACAAGGCACUAAUAACCCCUACAACACCUUAUUGGCUGAAACAAUCGUAUGUAACACACCAACGGUGCCAGUCUUUCACUCUCCAGUGACCUACAGAGAGACAAGACACUCGGUGACCAGCGGCAGAGAUACGAACACGUUCGGGACUCUACCACUCAAUGGCAACUUUAAUAACAGCUACUCACUUCAUAACUACAGCGACAGCGUGCAGGUGGUGGAUUGCGGGCUCAGUCUUAACGAUACGGCCUUCGAGAAGAUGAUCAUCUCCGAGCUCGUGCACAACAACCUCAGGGCCGCCGAGUCCCGGAUCAGCACCAAAAAGGGGGUGGGGAUCAGCAGGGGGGAGGAGCCUGUGGUCGCAGAGAUGUCAUCCCUGGUGCAGGUGGGUGGGGACAGCGAGAUGGACGGUCUGGGCCUUCACCACACGCAUCCCCGCACGCUCGAAGCCCCACUCAUCCCCCAGCGAACUCACUCGCUCCUGUACCACACGCAGGAGAGAGCGAGGGCCGACACGGACGGAGGGCCUUCGCAUCCCCACAGCUACAUCGGCCAGUUCCCGGCUCCAGCCGAGACCGCCCUGCCCUCCCCCAACAGAGACUCGGUGUACACCAGCAUGCCAAACCUCAGAGACUCGCCAUUCUCGGAGAGCAGUCUAGACAUCGGCCAGGAUCUCUCGCCAUCCAAACACAGUCCGAGCGAAGACGUUUACUAUAAAAGCAUGCCCAACCUGGGGUCAGGCCAGCAGCUGAACGCGUAUUAUCAGAUGAGCAGAGACAGUAGCGAGGGCCUCAUCAUCCCCAUCUCUAAAGACGCCUGUGUCCCCGAGGGGGAUGUACGAGAGGGACAAAUGCAGCUGGUCACAAGCCUUUAAAACUAACUAUAAGCACCGCCCACCAUGUACACAGCCCCGCCUAUCCACAGAUGGCAGAGUGGUCUUCCUUUUUUAGCCUCCCACAUAACUGCACACAUAAUGGAGAAGUACCGCUGCUGUCCAAUGUGUUACAGGCAGGCCCAAACGGAAUCUGCAGACUUUUUAUUGCACUUUCUGUGCUGAUUUUUAGCUGGAAAUUUGCCAUGUAAUGGAUAACGUUGGUGAAAUGGAUCAUGCCUUGUUUUUCGGUAAAAUGUAUUUAAAAAAAUGCAUAAACCUGAUAUUAAGAUUUCUUGAAUUAUAUUUUUUCUUACCCCACUGGCAAAUUGUAUUAUUAUUAAUAUAAUUGUUGUUGUUGUUACUUCAAUUUUACUGACUUCAAACAGGGUAUAAAUACUUUCCCUUGUCUUACCUUCCAACCUUUUUCCUACCUUUCCCACCGCUUGGUGUUCCUGGUCAAAAAUGGUAUACAUUGCCAAAAUGAUGCUAAAAUAAUGUUGUUUUUACUCAAAAACUGAGGUGCAUAAGCCAGAGCUGCCAGGACUUCAUAAUAAAACCAACCCAACUGCUACUCCAAACUAGCCCUAUCACAUCCAAACAAGCUCAAUAGCAGGGUUUCCACGGGGGUCGUACACAGUCGAAAACGCAUUACAGAGGGGUAGGGGAUUUCGCUUUAACCUGCGGACUAAAAAAACAACCCGCAGCAGGAAAAGUGCGGAUUUGGCAACUCUAGCAUAAGCGCAGAUCACUGCAGCCAACACUCAUUCAGUUCCAAAACAGAAACAACAAUAACUGUGCUAAAUGCAAGAAAACAAAAAGUUGACAAAUAUAUUCAGUCCAAGAUUUGAUGAUAAUACAUCUUAAGAUAUGUACAAAUUUUAAAUGACCAGCAACACCACAUUAGGUAAAGGAUUUUCAGCACAGCACAAGGGUUAAGAAGGUUUAUUCUUAAAAGGGAAAAAAUGCCAAUGGGGUGAGAAACAAUCUUAAGACAUACUUCAGCAAGUAUAAUGUUGUUUAAAUAAACGUUUUUACUGGAAAACUAGUAUUGAAACAUAGUUUGCCAUUUCUAAUUGUUACCCUGUUUUUGGUAGCUGAAUGUAAUCAAAUUAGCCACAAUUAUUUACAAGCAAGCAAGGGUCGGAUGAAGUGUACAGUAAAACUUUGAGAAUUGAGGGCCUUUCAAUGUUCUGUGGUUGCAGAUUCCGUGUGGGCCUGGUUAUAGAAAUACAGUUUCACUUAAAAAAUAAAUAAAUAAAUAAAUCAAAAUAAAACUAAGCCAAAAAAAAAAAAAA